AUGGAGCCCACGCGAGACUAUCCACUGUUCGGGGGCGCCUUCUCCGCCACUCUCCCUCCGGGGGCCAUUGACGUAAGCGACCUCCGACCGGUCCCGGACAAUCAAGAAGUUUUCUGCCAUCGCGUGACAGACCAGAGCCUGAUAAUCGAACUUCUAGAGCUGCAGGCCCACGUGCAGGGCGAGGAGGCUGCCCGGUACCACUUUGAAGAUGUUGGCGGGGUGCAAGAGGCUAGGGCUGUGCAAGUGGAGACUGUGCAGCCCCUGGUUUUGGAGAACCUGGCGCUGAGGGGCUGCUGUCAAGAAGCCUGGCUCCUCUCUGGCCAACAGCAGGUAGCUAAAGAAAAUCAGCAGGUAGCCAAGUAUGUGGCACUGCAUCAGGCCUUGCUGCGGCUGCCCCAGUACCAGACUGAUCUCCUGCUCACCUUCAAUCAACCCCCCCCUGAGAAUAGGUCAUCUCUUGGCCCGGAAAAUCUGUCAAUUCUGCCCUGGAGCCUGGGUGACUUUGAACAGCUUGUGACCAGUCUGACCCUUCAUGAUCCCAACAUCUUUGGUCCCCAGUAA